CCAUUAAAAAGGCUUGAAACAAAAUCCAAACAAAAAUGUCGACUUCUACAUCCCUCCUCCCUUCUCCACACUUCUCCUUCCGCCCCAAAACGACCACCGUCCGACCACCCCACUUCACCUCCAAACCCCACCGUCUCACCACCAUAAAAAUGUCCCUGAACACCCCACCAACUCCAACUCAGCUCCUAACCACUGUCACAAACCUUCUUUGGGGCAAAUCUUUACCACCCCAGCUCUUAAUCUCCACUGUCCGUACAACCUGGUCCACUUUCUGGCACCUCAUGAUGUCCCAACUCGCCCCAUCUGACUCAUCCGGAUCCUACACCCGACCCACUUCCCAAUUCCGCAACCCAAACCCGUCCCAACUCAACCCGACCUCCCUCCACCUCUACGCCGCCCUCCCCUGCCCUUGGGCACACCGUACGCUCAUCGUACGCAACCUUAAAGGCCUCGAACACGUAAUUCCGGUCUCAAUUGCCUCCCCGGGUCUAGACGGGUCAUGGGUGUUUGUAGACAAUGAAAUUCUGACCCGAAACAAGGUGGCUAGCCUUGUUCCAACUAUCGAUAAGGCGAACGGGGCGAAAACGGUUAAACAAGUAUAUAAAAUGAGGAAUGGUGGGUAUGAUGGAAGGUGUACGGUUCCUAUGUUAUGGGAUGUGGUGAAAAAUGAAGUUGUUUGUAAUGAGAGUUAUGAUAUUAUUGAAUUGUUUAAUUCGGGUUUGAAUGGUGUGGCUCGGAAUCCGGAUUUGGAUUUGGCACCUGUUGAGCUUAAGGAAAAGAUUGAUGAGUGGAAUCGGGUUAUUUACCCGAGUAUUAACAAUGGUGUUUAUAGAUGUGGAUUCGCACAGAGUCAAGAAGCAUAUGACACUGCUGUGAACGAGCUGUUUACUGCUUUGAAUACUGUGGAUGAUCAUUUAGCAGGUUCACGAUACUUAUGUGGAGAUAGGCUUACACUAGCAGACGUAUGUUUAUUUACUACUUUAAUCCGGUUUGAUCUUGUAUAUAAUGUCAUGUUCAAAUGUACAAAGAAGAAGGUGGUUGAAUAUCAGAAUCUUUAUGGCUAUAUGAGAGAUAUCUAUCAGAUUCCUGGUGUUGCGGAGACUUGCAAUCUUGAAGCAAUGAUGGACGGUUAUUACAAGUUCUUGUUUCCGUUAAAUCCAGGCAACAUUAGACCCAUCAUGCCCACUGGUUCCGUUCAUGAAUCCCUUUUACAAAGUCACAACAGGGAAUCUCUUUCAACCUUACAACAGAGUGUACAGGUUCUUGUUUCAUAGUAUGUACAUUAGUUGCAUAUGUAUAUCAUGUUUCUAAUUGUCUGUUAAUUGUUACUCUACUCCAAAUAUUGAUGACAGAUUCAUAGAAUAUAAGUGUAUUCAAAAUAGGCAAAUAGUUCAUGUUUGCGACUCUA